GGUUCGUCCAGCAAACACCGAAUCCUCAAAAUGGCUUCUCUUCCGACCCAAGACCUAGACGAAAAGAGCAAGGCAGAACUGGUGCAGUUCGUUGAGAACGAACAGCGGCGAGCGAACUUCCAAUCAACAGUACAUCAAUACACUGACGUCUGCUGGGAUAAGUGCAUCACAAAGAUACGACCGGCGAUGGACAAAUCGGAUGAAGUCUGCCUGACAAACUGUGUGGAACGGUUUCUCGACUCGACCAUUCUCCUUUUAAACUCGUUGGGGCAGCAGGCUGGGCAUCGUAAAUAGACAUGCAUCGUUAGCAUAAUAGUAUAUCUCGUAUGGCAAUACGCAACGACCAACUCGUUACUACGUCACAGCCUCGGUGGAGAGUCUGCGUGAUGUACUACGACAAUGGUUUUCGUAGAUCAAGGAUGUUCAUGCAGAAAGAUAUAUCCAUUAGAGAGUGGAAUAAGAUUUGCUAAACCUCUGUCGCCCGACCAAAAGUGCAUAUCCA